CAUCUCCAUCCCCCACCCUGACAAGGAGAAUCAAUUCGAAUCCUUUUCGUUAUUUAUUUAACCAUUAAAAAAAAACCUUUUAUAAAAAGAGAAAAAAGAGUCCUCAUUCUUCUCUAUCUCAUCUCAUCCCAUUAUUGUUCUCUUUCUGUAUUUCGUCCUGAUUUCUCACGUUUUUCUCGAUCAUGAAUAUGGUGCCUCUGGUAAUACUAAUCUUGGGAACCAUUUUCUUGGCUCCUAACUCACAGGCGGAUGCAACAAAAUCAGGCCCGGAGAUUCUUCAGGACACCAUUGUCCAACAGAUAAAUGCAAACCCUAAUGCUGGAUGGGAAGCUGGCUUGAAUUCCCGCUUUUCAAAUUACACAGUUUCCCAAUUCAAGUACCUGUUGGGUGUAAAACCGAGAACAGCAUCAUCCCGCAAUGAUUUGCUGGACGUUCCUAUUGUCAGUCAUCCCAAAAACUUGGAGUUGCCUAAGGAAUUUGAUGCCAGAACAGCUUGGCCUCAAUGUACUACCAUCGGCAAAAUUCUUGAUCAGGGGCAUUGUGGUUCUUGUUGGGCUGUUGCUGCAGCGGAAGCACUGUCUGAUCGUUUCUGCGUCAAUCUUGGCAUGAACAUUGCCUUGUCUGCUAAUGACCUCUUGGCAUGUUGUGGCUUUAUGUGCGGAGAUGGUUGUGACGGUGGUUAUCCUAUUUCUGCGUGGCGAUAUUUUGUACAAAAUGGCAUUGUUACUGAAGCGUGUGAUCCUUAUUUUGAUGCCAUUGGAUGUUCUCACCCUGGUUGUGAACCUGGAUUUCCCACUCCUAAGUGUGUGAAACGAUGCAAAGAUAAAAACCAGAUCUGGAAGCAGUCAAAGCACUUCAGUGUCAAUGCAUACCAGGUCGGUUCCGACCCCACAGAUAUCAUGGCAGAGGUCUACAAGAAUGGUCCUGUCGAGGUGGCUUUCACUGUUUAUGAGGAUUUUGCUCAUUACAAAUCGGGCGUUUACAAACACAUCACAGGGGAUGUGAUGGGAGGACACGCUGUAAAGUUGAUUGGUUGGGGAACUACUGAAGAUGGAGAGGAUUUUUGGCUUUUGGCCAACCAGUGGAAUAGAAGCUGGGGAGACGACGGUUACUUCAAAAUCAGGAGAGGUACAAAUGAAUGUGGAAUUGAAGAGGAGGUGGUUGCUGGUAUGCCUUCUACCAAGAACAUUUUAAUCCAGAAGUACGCUGCCACUGCUGAUGAUUUUUCUUACGUUCCAACUGAUGCCUCCAUCUGAUCUGUAAUUACUGGUCAUCUUUUACUACCACAAUCAGCAUUGUACUUUCACUUCGAUACGGAUUUGGUUACUCCACUAUUUGUCAAGCAUCCCUACAUCCACGCUAAUCAAUUUCUAUUUAUGUAUGUAUUAAUAGUAUUAAAAAUAAAAAAAUUAGUAAUUCAUGUGGGUGCAAAGUAAAUUGGAACCCAUUGUCUUGCACUCCUGCUGGUGCUGUUGUAUAUUCUGGUCCAUGACUUUCAUGCGCCAUUUCUAUAAAGAUUAGUACUUUAAAAUUAAAAGUUUGGUUUCUUGAUA